UCAGUUUCAUCUCUUGAUGUCAUUUAUUCUCACAAGGUUUUCUAUCGUCGAUCGUCCCUUGUUAUAGGGAAGCUCAAAGUUAAAAUGCCCAACGCCCAUGCCCAAUACCCGAGCCCAACGUCUAACAUCCAACUUCGUGACCGAAAUGGAGUAUACCGAGAUGGGCUCCCUAUUAUUCCCACCGCAGCUGGAGGUCGGAGCGGUCUGCCGUCAAGCUUGGGGCCCAAGACAUCCUGAAGCUUACUACUGCGGCCUGACAUGCCACGUAUCGCCCACUAAUCUUCAUGCUGUCGCCAUGGCUCGCGACAUAUUCAUAUUAGUGAUUAUACAGCGACCCAUGGCGUGUUUCUCGUGUUUUUUCGGCUCAUUUAUUUGGUGCUUUCAACUAGCGUGUUCAAGAAAUGGACCUCGAAGACUUACCAAACACAAUCCACCCGCUCUCGUCUGGUCGUGAGAGUCAGACAAGCGACGAUGAAGAGGAAUUCAAGCUUCCGAACAUGGCGUCCCUCGUCAUCAUGUUGGUGAUGAAUUUCCUUCUUCAAAUAUCAUUUUUCAUCAUCGUUUCAUCGGCAAACAAGUAUGCAGACUACUUGGGAGGAAAUGCCACUUUCUCUGGUAUUGUCAUCGGCAUUCCAACUGGCAUUGCUGGACUUUCUUUGAUACCUUUGACGCAGUACGAUAAAGGGAUGUACAAAAUGCCCCUUCAUGUCAGUUGCUGCUUUGCCAUUCUAGGUCACGUCGCCUACGCUGUUGCGUAUCGGGCCAACUUCUUAUACCUGAUUCUGAUCGGCCGGUGCCUUACCGGCGUGUCAUUUUCUCUGUUCAUGUACUGCAAGCGGUACUGCACGGACCCUCGAAUUGUUGGAAUCAGACGAAGGACGACGCUUGCUACUUGGCAGGUCGUCUGCCAAUGUUUGGGCCUGAGCCUUGGCCCAUUCUUUGGUGGAUUGUUAUACAAGAUUGGGUUCUCGAACUCAACUUUCAACGGUGACACAAGUCCGGGUUGGAUCAUGGCUGGUAUCUAUGCUGGCUUCUGGGUUUUGGUGACAAAAUAUUUCAAGGACGUCCCUCCACCACCAACCGUGACAGAGUUGUCUCUACCAAUCUCGAAGGAUCUCGAGGCGGAGCCUUGUCCCGAUUAUCCAUCAGUGCCUGCCACAUCCCCUUCCUUGCCCAUUGACGAAUCAUUCAGAGCGCAGCUCUCGCUGAUCACAUUGACCCAAUGGGGUGUCAUUGUAUGCAUGUGCUGGUGCUCUAUGGUCUGCUUUUUUAUCCUAGGCUCCUGGGAAGCCAACUUGCCUGUGUUUGGAGCUGCCACUGCACACCUUCACUGGUCUCCGUUUGAUGCAGGAAAUUUCAUCGCUCUCGGUGGAAUAACAUGUUUCCCCUUCCUCCUCGCCAACCUCUUAGCUGCGCGUCGUAUGCAAGAUCGCAAACUCCUCGCUUUCGGGACGACUCUCGGCCUUGCAGGCCUUCUCGCAUUUCUUUCCAUCCUUCGCACCGGGAAAGUCAACUACGGCUCAUUGUUCGCAUGUUGGUUCACGGUGGCGCUCGGGUUUAACAUGGCGACUGCAAUAACCCUUAGUCUCCUCAGCAAGCAGCUCCCGCCCCAGUGGAACGGGCGCACUUCGGUCAUGAUUCAAUGUAGUAAUUACACUGGUCGCGUGACCGGUGCAAUUUGGGGUGGUUCGGGCGUUUCAGUUGGGAUGCUGAACUACGUAGGAUUGGAGAUUGCUAUGGUUGGUAUUGGAGCUAUUAUGUUUACGACGUUGUGGAAGGAGCUGAAGACGAAGAAUGGAUAAGCUGUCCAAGUGGAAGUGCAUUUUCUGUCUUUGCACUUGGGCUCUAUGAGCCUUCGAAUAGAACGCAACCCCAUGUACAUACUUACGGCG